AUGCCUGGAAUCAAGCGGUCUCGUCCUGCAGAGGAUGCGCCGGCAUCCUCCGCCGCCGCCAGCUCCUCCAAGUCGAGCCACACAAAAAAGUCAAAGAGUGCUUCAUCCGCUCCCGCCGCGACCUCCGCACCCUCCUCGUCGCUCCUGUCAGCUCAAGAGGUCGACUUCCCUCGUGGCGGCAGUUCCGGUCUCACCGCGCUCGAGUUCCGCGAGGCAAAGCGCGAGGCGCGCUCCGAGUCCGCCGCCAACGAGCUCCUCUUCAAGGACGCAAAGGACGAGCAGGCAGAGGCCAAGCGCAAGAAGAACAAGCAGAAGUACAACCGAGAAAAGCGCAACGACGCAAAGAAGAAGCGUACUUCCACCACCGCCGCAGCCGCUUCUGCUUCCGCAUCACAGUCCGAAAAGAAGGACCACAUCCGCAUCGAGCACAUCAACUACAAGCGUCUCGUCCCCGGCUCCAAGCUUCUCUGCUCCGUGCUCGCCGUCCAUCCGCUCGCCGUUGUCGUCUCGUUGCCAAACCAGCUCCUCGGCCACAUCCCCGUCACCCAGAUCAGCCCUCAAUUCACACAACGCUUGCAGGCCGCUGCCGAUGCUGCGGCCGAAGAGUCCGAUGACGACGACGAGAGCAUGAACGCAGACAGCGACAGCGACGAUGACGAUGACGACGCCGCCAGCUCCUCUAACAAGCGCUCCAAGAAGGUGCCCGAGCUGCGUGACCUCUUCCACGUCGGUCAGUGGCUCGUCGCCAGCGUGGUUCAGGUCCGCGGUGGAGACGUCGCAAGGGGCCGCGCCACGCGCGAGGGCGGUGAAUAUGAAAAGGAGUCUCGCCGUGUCGAGCUCUCGCUCGCUCCCCAGCUCGUCAACGCUGGCGUGGCCGUCUCCGACCUGGACGCCGGUGCCACUCUCUCGGCCACCAUCGCGAGUGUGGAGGACCACGGCUACAUUCUCGACAGCGGUAUCGGCGAGUUCCGCGGAUUCGUCUCCUUCGCCGACGCCGCCAAGCUGCCAGAGAGCUUCCAUGCCGGCAAGAGCGGAAAAUCCCUUCAGGUUGGCAGCGUUGUUUUCGCCAAGAUCACCAAGGUUCCCGAGAACAAGCGCAGCUUCGAGGCUACGCUCGACCCCAAGGCCGUCUCCACCACCCCUAUCAAGCACGUCCCCAGCAUCACCGCCGUCCUCCCCGGCACCCUCACCAAGGUUCUCGUCACUGCCGCGCUCCCCACCGGCCUCAACGUCAAGCUCUUCGGCAUGUUCGACGCAACCAUCGACCGAUUCCACCUUCCUGAGCUGCCCGAGGGCAAGGACAUUCCAGACGUAUACAAGGAGGGCUCCAAGCACGUCGCUCGUGUCCUCUGGGACCUGCUCAGCCCUCCCUCGGCAGCGCUGCAGGGAGAGAACCCGGAACACGAGCGCAAGUUUGGUCUUUCGCUCGCUCCUCAGGUGCUCUCGCUCCAGGCACCCGUCGCCAAGGAUCAGCAGCUCCUUCAGCACGCAUACCCCAUCGGCACCCCCAUCAAGGUGACCGUCGUGCAGACCGUCACCGACUGGGGCCUCAUCGUCUCGGUUCAAGGCACCGAUCUGCGCGGCUUCGUUCACAUUUCUCAGGUCUCGGACGACCAUGUCGUUGCACUGCCGCCGUCUAGCGGGCCGUUCUGCAAGGGCACCGAGCACAAGGCUCGUGUCGUCGGCCACUCGCCCACCGACCGCACUCUACAGCUCUCGCUCAAGGCGUCCGUGCUCGAGCGCAAGUUCAUGCGCGUCUCGGAAGUUGAGGUCGGCGAGGUGGUCAACGCUACCAUCAUCAAGCUCGGCCUGCCCAACGCCAUCUUCCUUCAGCUCCAGGGCCACGUCGACGGCGUCGUCUUCGCAAACCACUUUGCCGACGUCAAGCUCACCCAGCCCGAGAAGCGAUUCAAGCCGGGCCUUCAGGUCAAGGCACGUGUGCUCGACGUCGACCCCAGCCGCAACCGCAUCGUGCUCACGUGCAAAAAGUCGCUUGUCAAGUCGGACCUGCCCAUCGUCGGAUCCAUGCAGGAUGCGCGCGUCGGUGUCGUCACCCAUGCCACUGUGUUCCGCGUCCAGGUCAACUCGAUCAUCGUCAACCUUUUUGGCGGCCUCAAGGCCCUCAUCCCCGGUAGGGAGGCGAGCGAGGCCUCGUUCGAGGACGUCAAGGCCAGCUUCACCGAGGGCAAGGUAGUCAAGAUGCGCAUCACCGAGGUCGACUACGAGAACCAGAGGCUCGUGGGCAGCAUCAAGCAGGCUUCGCCCGAGUUCCUGGCCAAGCUCAACGUGGAUGCCGUCGAGGUCGGCGAGAAGGUGGUUGGCAAGGUCGCUGCGGUGCACAAGGAGGUGGUGGUGCUUUCGCUUGUGCCGUCGGGCGUGCGUGCGCUGCUCUCCCUGUCCGUGCUGGCUGCCAUGAGGGGCACUUCCGCCGAGCAGCUCCUCGAGAGUCUCGAGGAGGACCAGGAGAUCGACAACCUCGUCGUCUCGGUCAAGAACCCCGAAAAGGGCCUCGUCAUUGUGGCAGACAAGGUCAGGUCGAGCAAGACCGCUCGCGAUGCCAACGGUUCUUCUUCCACGUCUGCGCAGGUCGAGCAGGGCGCCGUGGUCAAGGGUCGCGUCAUCCAGAAGAACGAAAAGUACCUCGACUGUGUCGUUGCGCUCGGCACCGCCACGCGCGCCACGCUGCACAUCACUGAUCUUGCCGACGACUACACCAGCGGCGUCUCGCUUCCUUCGCCCGGAGACAAUGUCGACUGCUUCGUGGUGUCGCUCAAGGCCAACGGCAAGAGCGGCGUGGUCUCGACGCGUGCCUCGCGCAUCUCGCCCUCGGACGCCGAGGUGACCGAUGCUGAGAUCACGGCGAUCACCGAGCUGACCAAGGGCCAGAAGGUGCGCGGCUUCGUCAAGGCGAUCACCAACGUCGGCGUCUUCGUCUCGCUGGGCCGCAAGCUCGAUGCGCGCGUCCAGGUGCGUGAGCUGUUCGACGAGUUUGUGCGCGACUGGAAGAAGCGCUUCACCGUCGGCCAGGUGGUCAGCGGAACGAUCAUGGACGUCAACGCCAACCAGAACGAAAUCGAGAUGUCGCUCAAGAGCACGCCUGGUAGCAUCAAGCCGCGUGCCGAGCGCGCACAGGAGCGCGCCGAGGCCGACGGCACGAAGCGUCCCAAGCGCCUCAACGACUUCAAGGCCGGCGACAAGGUCAAGGGCUUCAUCAAGAACAUCAUCGACUUUGGCGUCUUUGUCCAGAUCGAGGGCACCAACGUGUCGGGUCUGGCGCACAUGAACGAGCUCAGCGAUGGCAAGGCCGACGAGGCGCUCAAGGCGUUCCGUGUGGGCGACAAGGUGCGCGCCAUCGUGCUCAGGAUCAACGAGGAGAAGAGGAAGAUCAGCUUCGCCCUCAAGCCCUCGUACUUUGACGCGGCUGACUUCGAAGACAGCAGCGACGAGGACGAGGACGAUGAAGACGAGGAGGAGGAGAUGGACGAAGACGAUGUCGCCGACAUCGGCUCUGAUGCCGAGGACGACGCGAGCGAUAGCGAAGACGACGACGAAGCUGAUGUCAUCGAGAUGGACGAGGACAGUGAUUCUGAGGCGGAUGCUGCGCCUUCCAAGUCCAAGACGUCCAAGGUUCCUUCGCUUGCCCUCUCGGGUGGCUUCUCGUGGUCCGCAGGAGCUGGUGACGAUGACGCAGCGGACGAGCUGGAUUCGUCAGACUCUGACUCGGACUCUGACUCUGACUCCGAAUCUAAAGCGGCCGCGCUUAAGAAGGAGAAGGCCAAGGCGCGCAAUUCGCGCAAGGGCGCUGCGCUCGAGGAGGACCUGACUGCGGACCUUGCGACCAAGGCGCCCGAGUCGUCGAGCGAUUUUGAGCGCCUUCUGCUGGGCUCUCCCAACAGCUCGUUCCUGUGGAUCCAGUUCAUGUCGUUUGCGCUGCAGCUUUCGGACGUGGACAAGGCGCGCGAGAUCGCACGUCGCGCACUCAAGGUGAUCAACUACCGCGAGGAGCAGGAGCGCAUGAACGUGUGGAUUGCGCUGCUCAACCUCGAGAACACGUACGGCUCGGACGAGACGCUCGAGGCGACGUUCAAGGAGGCUGUGCAGGCCAACGAUGGAUUCACCAUGUACCUCAAGAUGGUCAACAUCCUCGAGGCCGCCGACAAGAACGACGUGGCCGAAGAGAUGUUCGUCAAGGCCAAGGCAAAGUACUCGACGACGCCGGAUUUCUGGAUCGAGUAUGCGCGCUACCUGCUGCGUACUGGCCAAGCUGACGCGGCUCGUGCGCUUCUGCCGCGUGCCAUGCAGGCGCUCGACAAGCGCGACCACACGAGCACCAUCACGCGCUUUGCGAUCAACGAGUUCAAGCUCGGCGACGCCGAGCGCGGCCGAACGAUCUUUGAGGGUCUGGUGGAUUCGUACCCGAAGCGCCUGGAUCUGUGGUGGCAGUACCUCGACCAGGAGUCGCGACUGGACGACAACCAGAUCCAGGUGCGCAACCUCUUCGAGCGCACACUCACGCUCAAGCUCACCGCCAAGAAGGGCAAGAGCCUGCUCAAGAAGUGGCUCGAGUACGAAAAGACCCACGGAGACGCCAAGAGCCAGAAUGCCGUGCUGGCCAAGGCCAAGCAGUUCGUCGACGAGAUCGCCCGCAAGAACCAGGCUGACGACCAGGACGAGGAUGACGAGUAG